AUGACAAAGACAAAGCACGAUUCAGAGUACUGUAAAAAGUACAAAGAGAAAGAUUUACAAAAAGCCCUAGCUGAAAUAAACGAUGGUUUGUCAAUAAGAAAAGCUUCACGUAUUCAUAAAAUACCAAGAGCAACGUUACAAUUUCGAUUAUCAUCUAAAUUCGUGAAAGUCAGACCAGGACCGAAUACUGUUUUGACAGAGGAAGAAGAAUUAAUUCUCGUUAAAUGGAUUGAAGAAAAUCAAAGAAAAGGAUUCCCUCGUAGAAAAGAAGAUGUACAGGUGUCUGUGAAGCAAUUUUUGGAUGCAUCACCUCGCAGCAAUCCGUUUCCUCAUAACAUGCCGGGAAUUGGUUGGUUUAAUGCAUUUUUAAAUCGCCAUCCCUGUCUAAGUAUUAGAACUCCGGAGUAUGUUACAUCUGCAUCAGCAAACGUUUCCGAAAAGGAUAUAAGAUCUUGGUUUGAUCAAAUUUACAAUUAUUUAAAUGAUAAUAAGCUUCAGCACAUCUUACAAGAUCCAAGUCGAAUUUUCAACGGAGAUGAAACGUGUUUCCAAAUAUGUCCUAAAACGAAAAAAGUAAUCGGAAUUAAAAACUCAAGAAAUGUGUACGAGGUUGAAAGCGGACAGUCAAAGCUCAAUAUCACUGUGAUGUUUACAUUUUCAGCAGCUGGAAAUACUACUCCUCCAAUGAUCAUUUAUCCUUACGUGCGACUUCCAUCUGCGAUUGCCGAAUCAAUUCCUAAAGAAUGGAAUUGGGGAAUUGGUCUAAGUGAGACUGGUUGGAUGAAAACAGAACUUUUUUAUGAAUAUAUAGGAAAUGUAUUGUAUCCUAGUCUCAAAAGAGAAGGAAUUGAGUUCCCAAUUGUACUUUUUGUGGAUGGUCAUAAGACUCAUUUGGAUAAAAACAUUAGUGAUUUAUGUACGAAGCUGCAAAUAAUCCUUAUAGCUUUGUAUCCGAAUUCCACUAGAAUUUUACAGCCCGCCGAUGUAUCAGUGUUCAAACCAUUGAAAAAUGGUUGGCAAAAUGGCUUAUCGGAAUGGAGAAGAGAGAAUCCUACUAAAGAGUUGACAAAAGAAAACUUUGCGCCACUUUUGAAAAAAGUAAUUGAUUUAUCGUUAAGUCCGGAAAUAAUUAUAAAUGGUUUUAGAGCUUCUGGACUAAGUCCAUGGAAUCCCGAUGCUAUUAAUUACUCCAAAUGUCUCGGAAAUAGUAAACAUUCUGCAAAUUCUAAUCUUAAAGCUACGACCAUAAUGAAUUUUGCCACUUUCAAAAACAUCGUAGGCGAGGAAAGAGUAAAUCUAUUCAAGACUUGGAAAGAUUUGGACACGACAAAUGAAGAAAAUGAUUUGUUCACUUUGUAUCGACUUUUUGUACAUUUUCAAGAAAAAGGUUCUGAAUUUCAAGAACAAAAUGAAGAAUCGUCUCAAAAAUCUGUGGAAAAUCAAGUUAUUGAUGCCGAGGAAGCUGAAAUUUUAUCUGGAGAAAAUAAUAGCGUAGAAGAAAAUAACAUUUCUGCUGAUAAUGUUUUUCCGAUGGAAAUCCAAGAAGAGAGUGUUUUACAAGUUGAGGAAAUUAAUGUAAUUUCUGAACAAAUGCUUUCUGGUCAAGAUUUACAAAAUUCAGAAAUUAUGAACAUGGAAGUUCUUUUUGUACAAAAAAAUCCUAACCUGUUAGAUUCGAUGCUGAAUAUUGAAUUAGAAAAACCAAUCGAAAUUACAUCUACUGAGGAUGAUAAUAAUAAUAUUGCGAAUCACUUACCGUGGCCACAUACACCAAAGCGAAAGGGAAAAAAAAUAACUAAACGAAUGCCUUUCGUCUUAACCAGCGAACAGUGGCAACAAAUGAAAGAAACAGAAAAUAUUGCAAAAGAGAAACAAAUUAAAGAAAUCGAAAAUCGAAAGAAAGACAGGGAAAGGCCAAUGAUACAAUUAUUGGCAACUGCCAAUCACUAUGUUUUUAUGGCCAAUAAAUUUCAUAAUGCGCCAGGGGUGAUGGAGACAGUGGGCAAACAAGUCCAGGUAGUGAGCGGACUGGGCGUGGGGGGUCCAGUAGGGCCUGUGGGCCCUGUGGGGGCAGAUCUGCAUCACCAUCAUCACUCCCACCCCCACGGGGGCCACGGCCACGGUCACUCGUUGGUCGGCACUGCGGCGACCUCAGUUGCAAGAGGUCAGGCCCAAUCGCAUCAGAGCCAAGCUCCACCACCCUCACACAAUCAACAUCUACCUGCCAGGUCUACCCCCGUUCAACUUCACAGGCCGACGCAGAAUUAUAUAAACAUCAAGAGUAGCAGUCCAGCGUCACCAAGAACAGUGAGCAGUGCCACGUCCUAUGUUCAGGGUUCAAAUGCAGGGCCCAGCAGUGUGUCUGGUAUUGGCGGUGGUGUGAGCAGUUCCGGUGGGACCGGAAGUGUCGUCGCAGUGACUGGAUCUAUUGCUAGUGCUGGAAUUGCCGGUGGAACUGCAGCCGUGGCGGUUUCGGCGGUUAGCGCCACAACCGGUGGAGGCUUUGUCGCCGUCCCCGUACCCACAGGGCUUCGAUAUGUUCAUCCUUACCUGCCUCCACCGUUGCCAGCGCCAUCCGCACCCGUUAAUCAAACACCACCUCCCCCGGGUGCGGCAGCCGCAUAUACUAGGGUGAACGACCGAGUGGCAAUCAGCGUGAGCAGCAGUCCUGUGUCCCAAGUGGGCGUCAGUGGUCUUGGUGUUGGUGUCAGUGCUGCUGGCGAAUAUGUGGUGACAAAUCGAGCUGAGAGGCCGAGGAUAUCGUUGCUCUCAACACCUGCCGCAACGGCGUCAACGGCCUCGCCAACAGCCUCCGAAUAUCCCGUUGCCUCGGCAAGAAAUCCCCGUGCUGUGAUACCAAUUCAAUCGGAACAAUAUUGCAAUCGCGUUGGAGGUGGUGGCAAUUCCUCAGUGGAUAUUGUCACCAUGUCCGAUGCGCCUCCAUUUAAGAAAAUACGCCUUGGACAACAACAACAACAACAACAACAAUCACUACCACCACCUCAAUCCGCACAAUCCCAAUGUCAAAAUCUUUUAACCACCGAGACAAUUGUUCAACAGGAGCAGCACGUGCAACAAUUACAACAACCAUUGAGGAUAGACACCAGGGAACAGCCAGUGCAGGGAAGUUAUAUACCUCAAACGGAGGCGAUAUCACCAACUCCUGAGCCAAAUACACAGGAGGAUGCGCAAUUUCGAACAACGAAAGACGAACUCCUUCAACAAAUUGGAAAAGUCGAUCGUGAAAUUGCCAAGAGGGAGACGCAAAUAAGUAAGCUUCGAAAAAAAAUGAAACAACUCGAAGAAACGGCCAAUAAAUCCCUCGAGGCUGAAGGUCUCAAACGACCUGUCGAGGAACAAUCCCAACAGCCUAAGCAUCAAUCGCCAGCGCAAAAAAUUUACGCCGAUAAUAGGAAAAAAGCUGAAGAGGCGCAUCGUGUAUUGGAUAGACUUGGACCAAAAGUUGAGCUACCAUUAUAUAAUCAGCCAUCGGAUACAAUUGUUUAUCAGGAGAAUAGAGAGAGGCAUCAUGCAUUAGUUAGGCCAAAAUUGAUAUUAAGGCUACAACGUGAACAUGGUGAACGUGCAUCGCUUCAUCGUAAACAAUCGCAAACAUACGCUGUACUUGUACAAGAAUGGCAUCGUAAAGUUGAACGCGCUGAAUCAACGCAAAAGCGAAAAACAAAAGAGGCUAAAAAUCGUGAUUUCUUUGAGAAAGUAUUUCCUGAAUUGCGAAAGCAAAGGGAAGAUAAAGAACGUUUUAAUCGUGUUGGUGCUCGUAUCAAGAGUGAAGCCGAUCUCGAGGAAAUUAUGGAUGGCCUUCAAGAGCAGGAGGAAGAAUUGUCGACAGAGUUAAAAAAUUCCAUUAAAGCCCGUCAGAUGGAGGACAAAAAAAUGCGUUCGUACGCAGUGAUACCGCCAUUGCUCUUGGAUUCAAAACAAAGGAGAAUUGCCUUUCAAAAUCGUAAUGGUUUAUUGCAACCGGAGGAACUUGAGGCGUUACAUAGCGAGAGAAAAUUAAUAAAUGUUUGGAGUUCAAUUGAACAUGAAUUGUUUAAAGAAAAAUAUAUUUCACAUCCAAAAAAUUUUGGCGCUAUUGGUCAGUCUUUUGAACAUAAAUCAGUACCGGAUUGUGUACAUCAUUACUACCUCACAAAGAAAGCGGAAAAUUAUAAACAACUUCUACGUAGGUCACGGCGUAUUCGUUCUAGAAACAAUCCUAAUAAUAAGGUUAAUAAUAGUAAUUCGACGAUUGGGCCAAUUGACAUUUUAUCAACGGGAGUAACGACGAGGCUUCAACGUGAGCAACAACAAAAGACACAGGAGAAUCCGCAAAAUAAUUUGUCAACGGCUUCAACGACUGUGACUACAGCGACGAUAACAACAACAACAGCAACGACGACGUCAUCGUCGUCGUCAGUGGCUGCCACAACGUUAACAUCAUCGGCGUCAAGUAAUUUAUGUGCAAAUGUCUCGACGUCAAUAACAAGCACAAAUUCAAUAACAACAAGUACGAAUUCUCUCACGGAAUCGAUAAAUUCCACAAUGACAACAACGACAACGGCGGCGGCGACGACAACAACAACGUCAUCAUUAUUAGCGGCAGGAACAGGAACAACGACAACAACAACAACAACGUCGUCGUCGUCGUCGACGGCAAUGACGAAUUCCUCGUCGUCAUUCCUGAGUACCACGAGUACAAUGUCGUCGAAUGUUAUUAGUUUAUCGUCAGUUGUUAGCGCUAAGGAUGCAAGAGAGGCAAAUAAAGAGAAUAAGGAGAAUAAAGACAUUAAGGAUUCGGCGAAUGUUAAAAUUGAAAUUAAAGACGAUGCUCAGAGUAGUUUAGAAACUUCUUCAACAAGAGUUGACGGAAAGAAUGCAUUGUCAAUAUCGACAAAUACGACGAGUUCGAGUUCAACGACAUUGUCGACGUCGGAUAAUAAGGAAAAGAAGAAAAGUGGCGGUGCAUCGGGAACAGGAGCGAGUAGUGGCAGGACGAAAGACAAAAAGAAGGAUAAUCAUGCGGCGUCCGUUGAAACAAGUGACGAGGAAACACAAUCCAUUGAUACCCAUGAAGUUGGAACAAGACAAUUGGGAAUACAUACGUGCGCUGUUUGUCAAAGCACUGUCGAAGGUGGCAAUCAAAGUCGACCAUUGUCAAGGAGUCAAGCUUCACAAUAUGGAAUCAAAGAAGAACAGGUAUUACCUGGUGCUCGGGUGUGUAACACCUGCCGUUGUAAGGCUGUGCGAGGACGCUACGUCACGUGUCCUCUUCCUGGAUGUCCAAAUCUCAAUAAUGCCAACACCAAGAAUCGUGUCAAACGACUUAGAGCGUUACCUGCCAAAUGGCUUGAUCUCCCACCUGAAAUUCGCGAUCCCGUCGUCAAGGAAUUUCAGAUACCUAAUAAUGCAACAAAAUGUUGUUCGACUUGUUUCAAUCGAAUAUCACGACGAUUGGCGCCACAUUUAUCGGGUGGCGCUGAUACAAUUGAUGAGGGUGGCGAUUCAUCAAUGAUUGGACAAUGGAGCGACGAGGAACUUGAACAACUUCGUCGUGCAUUACGUGAACACGGUACAAAUUGGCCAAAAGUCUCGGAACAAAUUGCCGAAAAAACAAAUCAUCAAUGUAAAAGUUAUUAUUUCACCUAUCGAAAGAAACAUGGACUCGAUCAAGUUGUUGCCGAAUAUUAUCAAUCUCUCGGCGAAGAAAGACGACCAUGUCUCACUGACGAGGAGGAAAGUGGAAGCAGUACAAGUAGUUGCGACGAAAUUGCGGUUCACGAUACAAGUGACACGGCAAGUGCGGGAAGUCCAGCGAAUACUAUUUCGAGUACAACUCCAGUAGUGUCGGCUACAUCGACUUCGACUGCACUUACGGUUACAUUUUCGCAAUCUGUGGAUCAAAAAGUCGUUGAUAAAGUUGCCGAUAUUUCGGUCGUUUCGUUAGGAUCGUCCUCAUCGGCACAGCAAUUACCCUGUACUGUUUCACUUCCCGCUCGUGAGGAUUACGAUAGUUCUGCCACGACGGCGGACGAAGGUCAGGGUGGUGCUGAUUUGGAGAAUAGUAUUGUGUUAACGGUGUCAACAUCGAGUUCUAAUUCGUCAAUGGCGCCUCAUCAAACCUCACAACAACAACAACAGCAGCAGCAGCAGCAAAGACAACAACAACCGCCGCCGAGUCAUUCACCAUCGACAACAAGCAAUACAAAUCCAUUGACUGUCAAGGAUCUCAUGUUAGGUGUCAUUGAAAUGCAACUCAAGAGGAAUCCCAAUAGUCCAGCGAAUACUGGCAGUUCCUCAGUGCCAAUUAGUUCUGGUACACCGACAAUAUCAAGUAUUCUCAAUACGGAUCAUCGCAAUGACAUUACAUUUGUUCGCGAAUAUAAGCAUCAAACAAGUAUGUCACAAGCGCCAACGCAAAAUCGUGAAUCCAAUCUCGCCACAUUAUCUGUUGUCUCUAGUCCACAUCAUGGGCACAGAUCAAUUCCCAGUCCUCAACAAAUUGGUCAAAUGCAAGCGACCAUAACACCCUGUCCACCAUCGGUUCCAAGUAGUCAAACCCAAUCCUCAGAUCAUUUACCAAAAGAGGGUCUUGUUGUGAUGCAAGUACAACAAGUACAACAAACAUUACGCGACACUGAGGGUACACUUGAUUUAAGUAUCAAAAAACCCCGUCAACAGGACUACAAUCAUUCGCUACAACCGCCUCAACAUAAACCACCACCACCACCUCAAUCAUCUGGUUCUCUCUAUCGUUCCGAACCACCGCCAGGCGCCUACUAUCAUCCCCACACGCCAUCCGACGUUGUUCAAAGUAAUCGCGGUGCAAAAAGUCCCCUUGUCUAUGUUUCAUCGCCACGCUCCAAUCAGGCGCCUCCUCUAGCUCAAAAAAUUAAUAAAGUCGUCUCAGCGCCUCAACCACCACCGCCUCCACAUCCAAAACUCUCACCAAAAUUAACCAACAUCAGCACAAGUCACAAGACAGGUUCAAUAACGCACGGCACUCCAGUGCCUGGUGCAAGGUACGAGGGUCUCUUACGACAAAUGACACCGCCCGGUAGUAAUACAAUGAAUCCCAAGGAAUCAAGUGGCGGCGGUUCAAUAACUCAAGGAACGCCCGUUCAUCCAUUCGCUGUUGAUAAACGCGGACAACAAAUGUACGACUAUCAUCGUUCAAUUCGUCAUUCGCCAGUUUCAACGAGUAACGUUGUUCAAAGCGGCGGUCAAAAUCCAAGCAGUGGCGUUGUUGUUUCCAAUCAAUAUAAUUCCUAUUCAGCACGACCACCACCAAGUUACAAUACCGAACAACAAUUAUCAUCGCGGCAAAUAAUUAUCAACGAUUACAUCACAAGUCAACAAAUGCACGGAAGAGGACGAGUGACAAACGCCGAGACACCGGUAAAAAGUGAACCACCCACCUCGGCAUUGUAUUACGCGAGUACACCACCACCACCGCCACAAACCCAUACCCAACCACGUCAGGGUGUGAUACAGAGGCACAAUACACAAAAACCAAUUCACUAUCCACCGCCACCGGGUCUUGAGGCAUUCUCAUCACUUGUCGAUGUUGCCGUACAACAACCAAGCCUACCUGUACCGCAUCCUCAUCAUUCAACGCCAACAAGUAGUUCCAGUGGUGGUGGUGGCGCCGGUCACGAGGGCCUUGGCAAAACAAUGGUCGAUCGUCUCAUGGCCGAUCGUUACGUAACCGACAAUCGUGCAUUUCGCGAGCAAGAAAUCCGUCUACAGGAGCAUCGCAUCGCCAUGGAGCAUCGUAUGGCAGUUGCACAUCAUCAACAGCAAAAGGAUCGUGAACGUGAACGUGAUUUAGUUCAUCUACGCGAAAAAGAGGAACAAAGAAUCAAAGAAAUGCGCGAGAAAGACUAUUUAAUGGAGCAUCGCAUCGCUGUGCAUCAUCAUCGCGAGAAGGAAAUACAUCAAGAUCAACACGUGUCGCAUCGUCAAAAAGAAAUGGACCAUCGUCUUGUGCAAAAAGAAUUUCAAGAUCAUCGUCUCAUUCAACAGCAACGGGAAAAAGAAAUGCAACAACAAAUUGCCGCACAACGAGAGAAGGAACAUCAGGAGCAUCAUCGUUUGGCAGUGCAACGUGAAAAGGAAUUACAACAGCAACAGGAACAUCGUUUGGCGGUGCAGCAUCAGAGGGAAAAGGAAAUGCAACAACAGGCGGAACAUCGAAUUGCAGUGCAACAGCAGAGGGAAAGAGAACUUGCUCAUUUGCAUCAACAGCAGCAGCAGCAGCAACAGCAGCAACAACAACAACAGCAGCAGCAGCAUCAACAUCAGUUGCAUCAUAUUCAACAUCAACAGAGAAUUGAGGCGGAGAGACGGCAUAUUGCGCAAAUUUAUCGUGAACAACAUCCACAUCUUGAGAGGGAAACUUCGAGAGUUAUGAGUAGUGGUUUUUCACAAUCGAGGCAUCAACCAACGCAACAACAACAGCAGCAACAGCAGCAGCAGCAACAGCCGUCGAGGCAAAAUCAACAACAACAACCGAAUCAACAACAACAACAACAACAGGGCGAUGGUUCGUCGACACUCACUGCCGCGAGUCUUAUUGAUGCUAUUAUUACACAUCAAAUUAAUCAGAGUACGGAUAAUGCGCCUGGAACGCCGUCUUCGAAUAAUCAACAGAGGCCCGGUGAUAGACUCUUUCAGGGUUUCCAAAGAGACAGUCCUGCAGAACCAAAUGGUGUUGCACACAGUCCUGCUAGCGAUAAUAAUCCUGUAAAUAGCGGAUCAGUCACAGUAAGUGGAGGUGGUGUUGUUAACAAAAAUGUUACUCUUGGCGAGCAUAUUGAACAUAUUGUCGCCAAAGAUUAUGGACCUCCACUGUCGUCUUACCGACCCUAUUCAGGAUAUCAAACUUCCGAGGAUCAAUGGAAACGAAGAAAAGGAUUGGACCCAGACACAGUGAAAUCAGAGGAUGAGCGACAAAUAAUUCGUGUCGCCCAACAACAACAACAACAACAACAAUCGCAACAAUCCUCACAAUCAAGUCAAUCCGUUGGUAAACAACAAUUUCUUUCCGUUGAACCAGUUUCACCACCAGAAGCAACGACAAAUCAUUAUGCUCGACGCUUCUAUGAAACGACCACUGCCACAACGACUUCCGGUAACCCAUCCAAUAAGCACAGUCUCUCGCCACUUGAUUAUGUAAAAAAUAAAAUUGUCGAAGUAAUGCGUACCUCAGAGGAUGAUAAAGGUGUUAAUGUUGAACGUAAUGGCGGCGGCGGAAUUGGUGGUGGAGGAGGAGUAGGCGCGAAUGAUAAAGAUGAUAAUAAUAAACCACGUGUUGAAAGUCCAGCCGGUAUUGGUGGUGCUAGUGAAAUUGUCAUUGAUGAUAAUCUAAAUCAACAACAGCAACAACAACAACAACAACAAAAUCAACCACCAGUACCAGCGCCAACGACAUUUUAUCCAUUUAGUGCACUUGGCGUUCAUACGGGUCCACCACCUGCGCCACCGCCACCUUCAUCGGCAACUGCAUCGUUGCCAAAAUCUGAGCACAUACAACCAGAACCAGCGCCACUUCUCUCCGCGCAAUAUGAGCCCCUCUCCGACGAGGAUUGAUGAUAAUAAUAAUAAUAAUAAUAAUAAUGAUGAUGAUGAUUAUUCAACAA